AUGGCCGAAGUCAUCGGCAUCAUCGGCAGUAGCAUCGCCGUUGUUCAAGCAACCAAAUCCCUCGCCAGCUUGGCCGGUUCUCUCACGCGGCUCUGGCGGGAAAUACGCGAUGUUCCCGAGAGGAUCAACACACUUCUCACCGAACUUGAGAUUACCGGCGCGUUCGUCGACGCCUUCGAGGGCGAGCUCCUGACGGAUGCCGAGGACGUCUCGACUGGUUUGCAACAGCUUGUGAUUCUGCAGUUCCGCGAUGCACAUGCUGAGUUGGCGAGCUUGGUUGAGGACUUGCGAGCGGAAACUGCGGUAUCGGCGGUUAAAGGAAGUCGUAGGAAGGGCUUGAUCGCGAGAACGAAAGUUGCGUUGAAGAAGGACGUGCUGGAUAGGUAUGAGCGUCGACUUCGGAAGGCGCGGGACCAUCUGGAGCUUGUAAAGGACACCCAUCUCAUGUCUGUUCAGAAACGACAGCCUGAGUUGAUAGUCGCCAAACUCACCAGCGCGCUUCAAAGUUACAACAUUGCCAACACCAUGGAAAGUAAAAAUGAUGGCAGGUCUGCUCAAAAAUCACAGCCUGAGUUGGCAGCCGCCAGAGUCCCCAGCGCGGUUCAAAAUUGCGACACCGCCACCACCACGGAUUAUUCGGGUUUGUGGGGAGAAGCCGUUGACUUUGCCACGAUAGUUGCGGAGGGGAGGUACCUGGCGGCCGAGGUCGAGCCAUUCAGCUAUCAAGAUCCCAAGGCUAUGUCGCCGCAGUGGUUGCGGGGUAAGAAUAUUUACUAUUUGCAGCUUUCGAUAGACACCAGCGGCUGGAAGUUUGUUUUCAGGCACUAUGUGACCGUUCCACCCACCACUUGGGAGCCUACGGUGCCUUUUAAUUUGCUCCGGGGGUCGUGGGAGUCGUUGAUGAAGAGCUUUGACGACGGGAUAGCUACGCCAUAUUGCGUGAAUGGAGAUGGCGAGACUCUUGUUCAUCGGGCCAUGCAGUCUCGGCCGGCCUUUGUCGAACCAUUGCUCCGAAUGGGCCUCGAUCUCUACCAUGAGGACGGGCACGGUCACCCGGCGUAUCACCAUGCUUUGUCACGGUACUGGGGAAGUGACCUUCCUUUUGUCCAUCGGCUAUUCUUGUCCCAGGGCGUCUACGACGAAGUCACAUCAUGGCCCGAUAAAAAAACGGCGGAUAUCAUGCUAAGGAGUCCCGUGGCUUUUGACUGGCUCGUCUCUACCACCUUCCAGGACUUUUAUCAAUGGCCCUUGGAACACCGUCUCGCAGUACUCUCCCACUACACCAAUAGCCUCCGGUUUCCAUACAGUAGGGCCUUCGGCCGAUUGUUUCAUCCGGCGGGCCAUUUCCGGCGGGAGGAACUUCUCCAUUAUAUCCCGUCUCUAGGGUUUUGCGCCCUCCAAUGGGCCACAGACUGUUACUUUUACGUAUGGCACCGUUGGUGGAAUGUCUCAGGGAAAACUGAAGGGCGCCCCCCGGCACAGGGUAUUAUCCAGGGAGUGGCAGCAGUGGUGAAGCCCCCUGACUUCACCUCUUUACACGAAACGGGGUCCAUGAGCGGCCUACUGGCGACAUUUGCAUGCGCCCUCGGAAGAUGUAAUUGGGCCGGCACUGUCCGCAAGAAAUUAUCUAACACUUCGCCGGAUCAAGAUCAGAGAAUCGCCCACGACAAGUUGCUGAAGAACUGGGUCAGUGAUCUUGCGGCCGGGGGAAUGGACCUAGAAGCAUAUGGGGAGUCAGAAAAGGCGCACUACGAUCGCCGAGGCGUUCUCUCCUCUCCACAGAAACCACGGGAAGUUUUGCUAAGCCCCGAGGAGAGAAUAUUCUACGCGCCGCAAAGGUCAUUAAACGGGUUCACGUUUGGCCCAAAAGCGGAAGAUUGGAAUCUCAUAUGGGAGUGGCACCCAGAUCCCGAAAGGCUUGCCGGCGAGUUCUGGACGCUGAUCGAAGACCCGCCCUUGGCUAUUCCGGGUAGUUGGGUGGACGAACCCGAGAGCUUCUACUUCACAAACCCGAGAGUUAGGGAGAAGAAGGUUUGGCCACCGCCCAAGCCUGUUAAAUUAAUUUUUAACCAGGCAGGGUUGUUUAGUGAAUAG